UUCAGCGAUUUUACUCUGCUCGGUGCACUUUCCAAAAUUCUCGUUCAAAUUGCUUUCUGAUUUCUGCAUUGACUGAAAAUUGAUUGAAAGUGGUGUUCGAAACUUGUUUAAUUUCAGUGUUCAGUGAAGAGUGGUAAUUUGGAGUCAUCAGCCAGGAUGUCAUUAGAACAGCCCAUUGGUCAACCUCACUUGGCGAAGCAGGAUUUAUCAACUUUGGAUGUUGCAAAGUUGAACCCCCUGUCACCAGAAGUAAUUAGUCGACAAGCGACAAUUAACAUAGGAACAAUUGGUCAUGUAGCACACGGAAAAUCUACCGUCGUAAAAGCAAUUUCUGGUGUACAAACAGUCAGAUUUAAGAAUGAAUUAGAAAGAAAUAUUACAAUCAAACUGGGUUACGCUAAUGCAAAAAUUUACAAGUGCGAUAAUGAUAAGUGUCCCAGGCCCACGUGUUUCAUUUCGGGAGGUUCAUCGAAAGACGAUUCAUUCCCAUGUCUCAGUUCUACUUGCACUGGAAGGUUUCGCUUAAUUCGUCAUGUGUCAUUUGUCGACUGCCCCGGUCACGACAUUCUUAUGGCCACGAUGCUCAACGGUGCUGCAGUCAUGGACGCAGCGUUACUCCUCGUCGCUGGGAAUGAGUCUUGUCCACAACCACAGACUUCAGAACAUUUAGCGGCCAUUGAGAUCAUGAAAUUGAAGCAUAUUAUCAUUUUACAAAAUAAAAUAGAUUUGGUCAAAGAAAACCAAGCAAAAGAGCAGUAUGAUCAAAUCAUCAAGUUUGUUCAAGGGACCGUGGCGGAGAGUGCCCCUGUUAUUCCAAUUUCUGCUCAGCUAAAGUAUAAUAUUGAAGUGCUCUGCGAGUAUAUUACAAACAAAAUUCCAAUUCCUGUGCGAGACUUUACUUCUGAACCUCGUCUAAUCAUUAUCCGUUCAUUCGACGUCAACAAACCCGGCUCUGAGGUUGAAGAUUUAAAGGGUGGUGUAGCUGGUGGAUCUUUGUUGAAGGGAGUAUUAAAGGUUGGUCAAGAAAUUGAAGUUCGCCCUGGACUGGUAUCAAAGGAUGCUGAAGGAAAACUGACGUGUAGACCAAUUUUUUCACGGAUUGUUUCAUUGUAUGCUGAGCAAAAUGACCUUCAAUUUGCUGUUCCGGGAGGAUUGAUUGGUGUGGGAACGAUGAUUGAUCCAACACUUUGCAGAGCUGAUCGUAUGGUUGGUCAAGUACUUGGAUCUGUUGGAGCUUUGCCUGAUAUUUUUGUCGAAAUUGAAAUUUCAUAUUACCUCUUGAGGCGUUUGCUUGGUGUUCGAACUGAAGGCGACAAAAAAGCAGCAAAGGUUCAAAAACUCUCCAAGGGCGAGGUGCUUAUGGUGAACAUUGGGUCCUUGUCAACUGGAGGAAGGGUGACUGCAGUAAAGGCUGAUUUAGCCAAAGUUGCGCUAACAAAUCCAGUGUGUACUGAAAUUGGAGAGAAAAUUGCCCUGUCGCGUCGUGUCGAAAAACAUUGGCGGCUUAUCGGGUGGGGUCAGAUUCGUCGUGGUCAAACUAUUCAACCCAUCAUUGAAAAAAAAUAAACACACGAGGGUUCAUUUAAGUUGUUUAUGUUUUAGGACAAGAAUAUUAUGUGUAGCCGGCGUUCGCUACUUUUAUUGAGUUUAUUUAGUAAGCGUAGCGAACGCCGGCAAUGCAUAUUCUUUGUGGUUAGGAUAACUCGUAUUUAUACAGAGAUAUAUUCUGUACUAAAAAUUGCAUUAUUAAAGUUCAUACUUCAUGUCGAUUAUUAACCAAUUUUUACCUGACAUUAAACGUUUUUGGAACAAAA